GGGCAACCCAAAUGGUGGAAUAUAGGAUCUUUAGGGAGCUCCAAAUCACACCCACCAUAUCACCUGGCCACCAAGACCUCCCCCUCUUACCUAUAAAUGAGAGGCAAAAGCCAGUAAGCCACCAAACCAGUAGGCAACUAAGACAAAGUGGCAUACUCUUCUCUGUACUAGCUUUCUUCUUCCUCUCCUCUUCCUCACAAACAGACUGGAUUUCAACAAGAUAAUCCUGAAACUGGAGCCAACAAGCACACAGAGAAAGAAGAGCAAGAAGACCGGCUCCCAGCCGAUACAAGGUAGGAGUGAGCAGCGUUAGUUUCAUCAUAUCGCAUAGGCGAUAUGGUGACAGUGAGAGAGGAGACUCGCAAGGGGCCAUGGACAGAGCAGGAGGACCUGCAACUGGACUCAACCGGACAGGCAAGAGCUGCCGGCUGCGGUGGGUCAACUACCUCCACCCUGGCCUCAAGCGUGGGCGCAUGUCUCCCCAUGAAGAGCGCCUCAUCCUUGAGCUGCACGCUCGGUGGGGAAACAGGUGGUCCAGGAUAGCACGGCGCUUGCCAGGGCGCACUGACAAUGAGAUCAAGAACUACUGGAGGACACACAUGAGGAAGAAAGCACAGGAGAGGAAGAGGAACAUGUCUCCAUCAUCAUCCUCAUCUUCACUGAGUUACCAGUCAGGCUACCCAGAUACUCCAUCAAUCAUUGGAGUUAAGGGACAGGAGCUUCAUGGUGGCAGUGGCUGCAUCACAAGCAUCCUGAAGGGCACCCAUCCGGACAUGGAUGGCUAUCCCAUGGACCAGAUAUGGAUGGAAAUUGAGGCGCCAGAGGUGCCCUCGGAGGUGGGCUUUGUUGGAGGGAACGAAAAUGUGUGCAGCAGCCUUGCCACCCCUCUGCCACCACCUACCGUCUGGGAAUACUACCCAGAGGUCUGCUGGAAGCUUGACGAUGAGAUCAAGAUGGCACCACAAUUUGGUUAUAUAGUGAAGGAGCUGACCCCUGCUUCUGAUACCAUAUAUAUUGGGUCUGAUUACUAAGUUAUACACCAUCCUAGCAGAAGUGAAGUGCUUUUGUUGACACAAGCUUUAGCAUGGAUCUGGAUAUUUAUCUCCCGCUUAGAAUUGGAGGCCUAUGGCUCUAUGCAUGAUUUCUAUGUAUCUAUCUAGUGUGCAAGACAAGAUCAUCUCAAUUUGUCCUUGAUGCUAUGUAACACAAGGGCAAAGGUGCUAUGUCUGUUUACUCAGAAUAAUUAGCUAUUCCGUGGGACUCCUGUUGGGCAUGAAGCCAAGAAUAAAUUUUAUAUUGAUAUA